AACAAGUGCAUUCCAAUACCCACCACAGUUCCCUGUCGGUUUUUCUCAGGAAUCUCUGUUUCUUGCUUUGUUACUGAGGAAAUGAGUGAAGACGCAAACGGAAAUGAAGGACAACCUAAACGUCCAGUUCCUCGUCUGAAUGAGAGGAUCCUUUCAUCACUCUCAAGGAGAUCAGUAGCUGCACAUCCUUGGCAUGAUCUUGACAUCGGCCCUGGAGCUCCUCAAAUUGUCAAUGUUGUGGUCGAGAUUUCCAAAGGAAGUAAAGUCAAAUAUGAGCUUGACAAGAAGACGGGGCUGAUUAAGGUUGAUCGUGUCCUGUACUCAUCGGUGGUUUAUCCUCACAAUUAUGGUUUCAUCCCCCGCACGUUAUGUGAAGACAAUGACCCAAUGGAUGUUUUAGUCAUCAUGCAGGAACCAGUUGUUCCAGGUGCUUUUCUCCGAGCCAGGGCCAUUGGACUCAUGCCUAUGAUUGAUCAGGGAGAGAAAGAUGACAAGAUUGUUGCAGUAUGUGCCGAUGAUCCAGAAUAUCGUCACUACACUGAUGUCAAACAGCUUCCCCCUCAUCGACUGAUGGAGAUAAAGCGUUUCUUUGAAGACUAUAAGAAGAAUGAGAACAAAGAGGUUGCAGUUGAUGAAUUUUUGCCUGCAGAGACUGCUCAUGGAGCUAUUCAGUAUUCCAUGGACCUUUAUGCUCAGUAUAUCAUGCAGACUUUGAGGCGAUAGGGGAACAGAGUGAAAUCCAUUUAUCUGAAAAUAAACCCUUCAAAUUAUUGAAAGGAAACCAAGUGAUUAAUAAUUUCUUCCAUAAAUUUUGUACUUUUGGCUUUGUUGAUGCUUAUUUGGUUAAACAACUCUAUGGAGUGUAAACUAGUAUGUUUUUGUUUAUGGUUCCUCUGAAAUUCACAUUGUAUUGGAAACCUGGAGAUUGCCACUUUUUAUUUCAACCUUCUAUAAAUUUAAGAUUUAAUCAAUCAUAUUUUCUUGGAUGCUCAAUAGCAUUGGUUGCUGCUUCAUUGUUA